AUGAGUAAACGAGCUAGCCGUCGUGAGCCUUCCUCUUCGGAGGAGAGCAGUAUCGAUAGUGAGGAAGAGGCUCGGCGUCGAGAUCUAAAAGAAAGAGACGAGUUUGCCCAGCGCUUGAAAAAGCGCGAUGAAGACCGAACACGCAAGGUUGUGGAAUCAACCACGGGGAAACGAGCGUACGAAGAAGCGGCCAAACGACUGAAACUCGAAACAGAGGACAGAGAAAAGUUGCUACCCAAGCUACGUAUCCAAUCCCGUCGCCAGUAUUUGGAAAAACGAAAGGAAGACAAAGUAGCAGAACUAGAGGCGGACAUCCUUGAUGAUGAGUAUCUGUUCGGCGACGUGGAGAUUACCGAACGUGAGCGACAGGAUCGCGAAUAUAAGAAAAGUUUGCUGCAAAUCGCCAAAGAACAUGACAAAGCACGUGAGCUCGAGCGCGUCCAGCGCUACCAUAUGCCGAAGGAUAUUAAAAAAGGCGAAACGCAGGAGUACGUUGAGGUGGACGAGCGCGAAAAGAUGCCCCACUCGGAGCAGAAAAAGUGGGAAGCGGAGCAGCUCGCAUCAGCUGUGUACAAAUUUGGCUCAAAAGAUGCCAAACAGAAGGCAUCACAGCAAGAAGAGUACGAAUUGUUGCUCGAUGAACAGAUUGAUUUCAUCCAGGCCCUGCAGAUGGGUGGGACGAAGGAUAAAGACCGCAAACCUGAGAUCACCGAAAAAGAGAGGAAGAAAAUGACCAUCGAAGAAACGCAGAAGUCGCUCCCUAUCUACCCCUUCAAAGAGGACCUCAUAGCUUCUAUCCGAGACCAUCAGAUACUGAUUAUAGAGGGCGAAACGGGAUCAGGAAAAACGACGCAAAUUCCACAGUACCUUUACGAGGCGGGAUUUACAAACGACGGUAAAAAAAUUGGUUGUACACAGCCCAGACGAGUUGCUGCCAUGUCGGUAGCUGCACGUGUUGCAGAAGAAAUGGGAGUUAAAUUAGGCAACGAAGUCGGGUACAGCAUUCGGUUUGAAGAUUGUACAUCAGAACGAACAAUGAUCAAGUACAUGACGGACGGAACGCUACAUCGAGAAUUCCUGUCCGAACCAGAUCUAGGCUCAUAUAGCGUCAUGAUAAUCGAUGAAGCGCACGAACGUACGCUGCAUACGGAUAUCCUUUUUGGACUAGUAAAGGAUAUAGCUCGGUUUCGACUAGACUUAAAGCUCCUUAUUUCGAGCGCAACACUGGAUGCGGAGAAAUUUUCUGAUUUCUUCGAUAAAGCACCGAUUUUUAGAAUUCCUGGACGACGUUAUCCGGUUGAUAUUUUUUACACAAAGGCUCCCGAAGCAGAUUACAUUGACGCUUGCGUUGUUUCUGUGCUGCAAAUCCACGCUACUCAACCGUUGGGCGAUAUUUUGGUGUUUCUAACUGGUCAGGAAGAGAUUGAAGCUUGCCAGGAAAUGCUACAAGAUCGCGUGAAGCGAUUAGGAUCGAAAUUAAAAGAAUUGCUUAUACUUCCCAUCUAUGCUAAUCUACCGUCGGACAUGCAGGCAAAGAUAUUCGAGCCAACCCCUCCAAACGCUCGGAAAGUAGUACUAGCGACUAAUAUUGCCGAAACGUCCCUAACGAUUGACAACAUAAUCUAUGUGAUCGAUCCGGGCUUUGCAAAACAAAAUAACUUUAACUCCCGCACCGGAAUGGAAACACUUCUCGUGGUUCCGAUCUCAAAAGCUUCUGCAAAUCAGCGAGCUGGCCGCGCUGGACGAGUUGCUCCUGGAAAAUGUUUCCGACUGUACACGGCCUGGGCGUAUAAGAACGAGCUUGAAGAUAACACCGUGCCAGAGAUCCAGCGUAUCAAUCUAGGAAAUGCAGUGCUCAUGUUAAAGGCACUCGGAAUCAACGAUUUGUUGCACUUUGAUUUUCUCGAUCCUCCACCACACGAAACGCUGGUUCUAGCGCUCGAGCAACUGUAUGCGCUUGGCGCCCUGAACCAUCACGGAGAACUAACCAAACUGGGCCGUCGUAUGGCAGAAUUCCCGGUAGAUCCAAUGAUGGCCAAGAUGUUGCUUGCCAGCGAGAAGUAUAAAUGCUCCGAAGAGGUUGUAACCAUCGCUGCAAUGCUAUCAGUGAAUGGAGCGAUCUUUUACCGGCCAAAGGAUAAGAUCAUCCAUGCCGAUACGGCGCGUAAAAACUUCAAUCACAUUCACGGUGAUCAUCUUAGUUUGAUGCAGGUGUACAACCAAUGGGCCGAAUCCGACUAUAGUACCCAAUGGUGCUACGAGAAUUUCAUUCAAUUUCGUUCUAUGAAACGAGCACGUGAUGUGCGAGAACAGCUGAUGGGAUUGAUGCAGCGUGUAGAAAUCGAAAUGGUAUCCGCUUUGCCUGAAACCACCAACAUUAGAAAAUCGAUCACAGCUGGCUACUUCUACCACGUGGCACGCCUUUCAAAAGGUGGUAACUACAAGACGGUGAAGCACAAUCAAACGGUCAUGAUCCACCCGAACUCGGCGCUUUUUGAAGAACUGCCCCGUUGGUUACUCUACCAUGAGCUGGUGUUUACGACAAAGGAGUUCAUGCGUUCGGUAAUUGAAAUCGACAGUAAAUGGCUAUUGGAAGUGGCGCCCCAUUACUACAAACCGAAGGAACUGGAAGAUUCAACGAACAAAAAAAUGCCUAAAACUGUGGGGCGGGCGACUCUGACCGAAGCAUGA